AUGCCGGAGGCCGCGCAUCUGGCGCCGGUCGACAUCGUGCUCCUGGUGCUGUACUUUGUCGCCGUCGCUCUCGUGGGCCUCUGGACAUAUGCCAAAGGUAAGCGAUCAACCAACACGGAUGCUACAGACGAGUUCUUCCUCGCCGGCCGUUCAAUGGGCUGGCUGCCUAUCGGGCUGUCGCUCUUUGUAUCCAACAUCGGGUCCGAGCACCUUGUCGGCCUUGCUGGCACAGCUGCCACCUCGGGCCUCGCCGUCGGCCUCUACGAAUGGAGCGCUGGGAUCCACCUGCUCGUGCUCGGCUGGCUCUUCGCGCCAAUUUACCUGCGCGCGCGGCUCGCCACCCUGCCAGAGUAUCUCGAGCGACGCUUCUCUCGCCGGCUGCGAUCGCUCUUCUCGUGCGUCACGCUCUUCAUCUACGUAUUCACCAAGCUCAGCGUCUCUGUCUUUUCGGGUGCCACCGUCUUGCAGUCCGUCUUUGGCUGGCCCCGCUUCGCCGCCGCGGCCGGCCUCGUUCUGCUCACUGCAGUGUACACCGCGCUCGGAGGCCUCGCCGCCGUGAUUGUCACCGACAUGGCACAGUCGGCGGUGCUGCUGGUCGGGGCGCUCUGCAUGACGGUGGUGGGGUUGGAGCGGGUGGGCGGGUACGAGGCGCUGCGCACGUCUCCGCCUGCCAACAUGACGCAGCAGCAAUGGGAGGGCUACUUCCACAUGUACCGCCCUCCGUCCGACGAGGACUUGCCCACGCUCGGGCUGCUGCUCGGCCAGAGCGUGGGCGGGCUGUGGUACUGGUGCCUCGACCAGUCCAUCGUGCAGCGUGUCCUCUCUGCGCGCUCGCUCGGCCACGCGCGGGGCGCCACCCUCCUCGCUGCGCUGCUCAAGGCACUCCCCCCUCGCGAGUUAGUUUUCGCAAGAAGCAGCACGAAAUCAAUCCCCCCCCCCCCCCCCCGCGCGCUGAGCGCUGUCAGCGGUGGGCCACCUCUCGGCUCACGCCGCUGA